AUGUUUGGUAAUUAGAUAAUUGAAUUUCUAAUAGUUAUGAUAAUAAAUAUGACAGAGAACUUUAGAAUUUAUAAACUUAUUGAUAUUUUAAAUGUUAGAGAGUAAAAAUAUGUAAUAUUAUUUCUAAAAAUAAAUUAAAAUUAAAUUAAUUGUUUGAUUCUUAGGGUUCUAUCAGUGUUUUCUGAAUAGCUUUUUGAAUAAAAAAUUAAAUUAUUAUUUUAGUACAUUUCUUAUUGUAAUUUUUAUAAUCUAAUGCAAUAAACAACAGAUUAUGAUGAAAUGCAGCAUUAUCUUAAACUAGCUUAGGAUGGUGAUACUGAUGCAUAAUUCAAAGUAGGUUUAAUGUAUGAAGAUGGAAAAGGGGCUCAAUAAAAUAUUUAAGAAUGUAUUUAAUGGUAUUUUGAAUGUUAUGAAUUUUAGGUAUUAAUUAGCUGCAAAUAAACAUGCUUAAGCUGCAUAUAAUCUGGCAUCUAUUUAUUAUUUAGGUAGAGUUGUUGCUCCUGAUUAUAAAAUUGCAUAUAAAUACUUUAGCAAAGCAGCUGAAUUAUAAAAUGAAUAAGGAAUGUUCUAAUUAGGCUUGAUGCAUUUAUUUGGAUAAGGAGUAGAAUAAGAUUUUGAGAAAAGUAGAAGUUGGUUUGAAAGAGCUGCUAAAUUAGUACUUAUUCAUUUUUUAUUUCUUUUCAAGGGAUCAGUAUCAGCUAUGAACAAUCUUGGUAAUAUUUAUAGAUCUGGAAUUGGAACUCAUAUUCAAAUUGAAGAGGCCAAGAAAUAUUAUAGAAUGGCAGCAGAUAAAGGGGAUUUAUGUGCAAUGACAAACUUGGCUACAGUGUUAUUGUAAUGUAAUCCCACUGAAGCUUUUGAUUGGUACCUCUAGGCAGCUAAAGGUGGUUUUGAAAAUGCUUAAUAUAAUCUGGCUGUGCUUUAUGAAGAAGGAACUGGAACUAAAUUAAAUUUAUAAUAGGCUCUAUACUGGUAUAAAUAAGCAGCAUAAGCUGGUAAUAUUGAAGCAAAAGAGGCUGUUACUCGUUUAAGUCCUAUAGUUCAAAAUUAAUAAUAAAAUGACAAACAAUAGUAAGGUUAAAAUACAUAAUAAUCUUCUGCCAAAAAAGGUGGAUGUGGCUGUAUUGUAUUUUGA